AUGGAACCCGGCGGCAUUUCACUACUGCAGGAUUGCUUGGGGACACGAACAUCAGCACACCCCGGGCCGGGCGGAGAGCGAGGCGCAGCAGCAGCAGCAGCAAGGAGACGGGCUCACCUGCGGGACGGUAGCGCGGAUUCGGAGGUCCACCCCCGGGGGCUCGCUCAGCGCGGGGAUGUCGGCGCCAUUGCGCGGGGAGGGAGCAACAGCGACGGCGGUGGCGAGGCGUCCCUCUCGGUAGGACCCCGCCUCGACGUGAUGGGAGGAGGUAGUGGAACCGUGGAAGGGGAGUGGGAGGAGUAG